GGUAAUUUUCUCUUUGGGUCUCAUUAAUGUUAAAAUGAAAGUGAGGGAACUGCGUCACUGAAACAGGAUUUUUUUUAUCAAAGUGUUUGUAAUAAUCAUUGACCAUUAUGUCUGGUUUUAGUUUUGGUGGAACUUCAGCGGGCGGCUUUGGAACGAGUACAGGAGGAUUUGGAGGAGGCAGUGGGUUUGGAUUUGGCACUCAGCCCAAAACCACAGCCUCAACAGGUUUUGGAUUUGGUUCAACUACCUCGUCUGCGCCAUCAUUCGGGUUUGGGGCCUCAACAGGCACUAGUGCACCAGCGUUUGGUUUUGGGGCCAGCACAACAAGUGCUCCUUCAUUCGGGUUUGGCAGCACAGCAACAACUAGUGCCCCCACUUUUGGGUUUGGCGGUACAUCUACAACAAGUGCCCCCUCUUUUGGGUUUGGCAGCACAGCUACUAGUGCCCCAUCGUUUGGGUUUGGGACCACAGCCAUUACAAGUGCUCCUGCAUUCGGGUUUGGCAGUACAGCUACCAGUGCCCCAUUUGGGUUUGGUUCCACUUCAACAGGUGGUUUUGGUACAGGCUUUGGGUCAACAACUACAGCCAGUACAGGCACUGGAUUUGGAGGGUUUGGUGGGUUUGGCACAGGUGCAACCGGGGCAACAACUGGCCUAUUAGCAGGUCAGCAGCAGCAGCAACCAGCUGUGGAUGCUGAGGCCCAAGAGCUGGGCCAGAUUGCCCAGGCUGUGUCCAUGCCACAGAUAUUUGGUGACGAGCGUGACGCUGUCAUCGCCAAGUGGAACCAGCUGCAGGCCCUGUGGGGCAAGGGAAAGGGGUACUUCAGUAGGACCCAGUGUGUGCAGUUUAAGCCAGACAACCCUUUCUGCAAAUUCAAGGCUGUUGGUUACAACUGUAUGCCGUCAGGCAAGAAUGAGGAUGGACUAGUCUCGUUGAUAAUUGGUAAGACGCUAAGCGAAGUGAAGCCCUUCCAACAGCAGGCCUUGGACACACUUCACGUGAUACUGGGCAGCAAGACACAGCACACUGUGUGUGCGGAGGCAUUGAAUCCUCUCCCUGAUAACAAGACAGAGUUGGUGGUGUAUGUGAUGGAGAGGCCACAGAUGGGUCCAGCCAAGCGUAUCCUAGCAACCGAGCUCUUCAACGCCCUGUCAUCUCCAGCACUGAAGCCUCAGGUGACCACUAAACUGAACGUGGAGACGAUGACCGCCAAGGUGCUGACAAAGGAGCAGUUAAAGCAGUACCUGGACAAUCCACCCGCUGGUAUCAACCCCCUCAUCUGGCAGCAAGCCAUCCUGGACAACCCGGACCCAGAGAGGCUGAUACCAGUACCCAUGAUAGGCUUCAAGGAGCUCCAUCGCAGGCUCAAGUUCCAGGAGCAGCAGACAAAACUACACCAACAGAGACUAGAUCUUAUAGCAGAGGAUUUGACAGAGUUCCAGACCAAACAGAGCAACAUGCUGGCAAAACUGGACGAAUAUAAGAGACGGCACCUCGAGCUCAGUCAUAGACUCCUACAGGUGAUAGUGAAACAGGAGAUAUACAGGAAGCAUGGCCUGUCCAUACAGGUGGAUGAAGAACAACUGCGGGUACAGCUGGAGGCUCUACAAGUGGAGCUGAACCACCCCACACAGUUUAAGGGACGACUAAAUGAGCUGAUGUCACAGAUCCGAAUGCAGAACCAUUUGGCCUCCUCCAGGUUUGAUGUCAACUACCAGAUGGACAGCACUGCACUGCAGGAGAUCAAAACUUUGUUAAAGCAACAGCAGGAGGGCCUUAGCCAUCUGAUAGACAUCGUGAAAGAGGAUACACAGGACAUGAACAUCAUCCAACAGGGCCUCACUGACACGUCGUCAAGGAGAUGACCUUGAGAGAUAAAUGUCAAAACUUCAGAGGUCAAGGUCAAAACUACUGGUUACAUAAUGAACUGUCUUACAGCUUUAAUGAUCAAUUCAUGGCUUGUAGUUGUAACAAGGUCAGAAUGUGGUCAAGGUCGACAAAGGUCACUAUUCAGUGAACUGAAAUUCUUUCAGUUUGUUUUUGGAGACCAGUUCAUUGUACUUUGACCAGAUUUAAGUUUUCCGAAGAUGUUUUUGUUCAGCCCUUGAACUUUCAUUUUCUAACAUUCAAUUAUUGACUGUUUCUUUAAAAUAACAAUUUCAAUCAAAGACAAGGUCAGUUCAACCCAAAACUAAUGAAUCUUUCUCUUACUUUAAAACCAAUUUUCAAGAAGAUGUUUUGGGUGUGAAAACUUUAAUAGCAAUUGGAAAAGUUAUUUCAUUUUGGGCAAUGAUAACACAACUGUAUUGUCUUGAUGAAUUUUCUUUUAUCAUGGUUAGUAAUGUACUUACAUGUAUUUAUGAUACCAAACUUUAUGUUGUUUUUCAGUUAUCUGUAUGUUGAACUAUAAAUAUGGGUGAACGCUUAUUACUGGGUAAUAAACACACAUUUACAAGAGACAAACUGUCCACAAACAUUUUAAGGUCGAAAACAUAUUGUUUAAAAUUAUCAAAUUUCGAUAGUGUGUGUAUCAAGUUUAUCACUUGAAUAAAUAUACAUUUGUCCA